UCAAAUGUGAGGGGUCACAAUACUAGAUAAAUACAGUGGCCAAGCUGAUUAGGAGGCGUCACGGGAGUCUUUUCCACUACCCCUCUCUUCCUCUCUCUCUCUCUUUCUCUCAGAGAGUCUCUCCAUUCCCUCAGCGGUUCUCUCGACUAGAAAGUCACAAUGCCUCACGCAUACCCAUUCCUCGGCCCUGAGCAGAAGAAAGAGCUCAGCGAUAUCGCCCAAAGAAUUGUCUCGCCUGGCAAGGGAAUCCUCGCAGCUGACGAAUCCACAGGCAGUGUAGCUAAACGCUUCCAAAGCAUCAACGCCGAGAACACAGAGGAGAACCGAAGGCUCUACCGUCAGCUGCUUUUCACUGCUGAUGACCGUGUCAAGCCAUGCAUCGGAGGAGUCAUCUUCUUUCAUGAGACUCUUUACCAGAAGACUGAUGAUGGCAAACUCUUCCCUCAGCUCAUUAAAGAGAGAGGCAUGGUAGUGGGCAUCAAGGUUGACAAGGGUGUAGUCCCUCUGGCUGGAACCAAUGGAGAAACCACUACCCAGGGUCUGGAUGGCCUUUAUGAGCGUUGCGCUCAGUACAAGAAGGACGGUGCCGACUUUGCCAAAUGGCGUUGUGUGCUGAAGAUCACCCCCACCACCCCGUCCAGCCUUGCCAUCAAAGAAAAUGCAAAUGUGCUGGCACGCUAUGCUAGCAUCUGCCAGAUGCAUGGCAUCGUGCCAAUCGUGGAACCUGAGAUCUUACCUGAUGGUGACCAUGACCUGAAGAGGUGCCAGUAUGUAACUGAGAAGGUUUUGGCAGCUGUCUACAAAGCCCUCUCUGAACACCAUGUUUACCUUGAGGGCACCUUGCUUAAGCCUAACAUGGUGACAGCUGGACACUCCUGCUCCCACAAGUACACCCCCCAGGAGAUUGCCAUGGCCACUGUCACUGCCCUGCGCCGCACAGUGCCCCCUGCUGUUCCCGGUAUUACUUUCCUCUCCGGAGGGCAGAGUGAGGAGGAGGCCACAGUCAACCUGAAUGCCAUUAACACAUGUCCCCUGCACAAACCAUGGGCACUCACCUUCUCUUAUGGCCGUGCCCUGCAGGCUUCAGCCCUCAAAGCCUGGGCAGGCAAGAAGGAGAAUGGCAAGGCCUGCCAGGAAGAGUACAUCAAGAGAGCCUUGGCCAACAGUGCAGCAUGCAUUGGUAAAUAUGAAACAACUGGAGAUAAAGGAGCAGCAGCAGGAGAGUCUCUGUUUGUGGCAAAUCAUGCUUAUUAAAAGGCCUGAGGCUUUAGCAGACCACCUUGCCAGCACCACAUCAGUUUCUGUUAGAACUGGACUUCCAAUGUUUUGCCCUUCCUUCUUUAACCCAGUGUCAUCUUCUUUACUAUGUAGUGUUGCAAUAGAGGAUGAAUUGAGAUGUAAGAGAGACCUUCCAAACCUUUCUAGUGUAAAAGACCUAAAAAAAAAAAAUCUGGUUCCGUGUCCAUCUGCUUUUUUCCAAAGCCUAAAUUUAGCUACGAAAAUUCCCACUUUACCAGGUGUAACAUGGUAUAACUUUUUUCACAUGAUGUACACACACGUUCUUGACCCAUAACGAAGAUGAAAUAAAGAACUUACUCACUGA